AUGUCCAACAAGCUUAAAUUUAGUCCCGUAGGACGUGAAGAAGAUUAUGAGGCUAACGGGUGCUACAGUGACCACGUUGAUCCUAGCAGCGGUAGAGACUUUGCAGAAAAUCCAGCCUUUCCACACUACUUGCUGACAAAUGACAGCGAAUGGAUACCCAUGCUGUCAGACGAGGUAUACGAGGAUUUAUAUCAGGCUCAAGAGCUGCAAAAUACAGCACAGCAGCUGUAUCAUCCUGAGGAAGGUGAUCUUUUUGCUGUUGUGGAAACCUACAUGGAAACAAAGGGGAACUUCAGCGAAUGUCUGCAAGUGGUAACUGACGACGUUUUAACUGAUGACGUGUUAGAAAACACUUUAGAGCCACAGCAGUUUGUUGCCGUUUUCCGUCAAGAUUCGCCACAACAGUAUGUGCGGUCGAAUUCCGAUCAUCUCAGUCAAAGAGGACGUACUCGCCAAAUAGAUACAGUUCCGUAUACUAAUGAAAUGCAUCAUGUCAUUCAAAAUACCUCAUCGCCAUUGGAAAUGGAGGUGAAUCAUCGUACGCAGUACGAAGUUGGAUCGGCGACUUUGUUUGGGGGAUCAUUAAAUCAUUCUGAAGGUGCACCUCCACAUGAUUUUCCAAUAUUGCGGUCGAGUUCGAAAUCACAACCGUGUCAUCCAUUAUAUGAAAAAUUGAAGGGCAAAGCUCUCGACCCUGUACAGAAAUAUAAUGAUGGCGAACGGCGAAAAGGAAGAAUAAAGCAACUGCGUGAUACCCUUCUUAAUCGUCGACAGUGUGAGGAGGCGGUGCAGCAGAGAGCUUCAGGUUUGCAACCAUUCUUCUAUCACAAACCUGUUGGUCGUUCGAAGACAUUGCGCCACCAGCGAUCAACUGCAUCUAAAGCGAUAAGCGGGAUUAUUAAAGGAACUAUUAAGCCAACGAUAGAUCCUGUCACAGGUCGUUAUGUAGUUCAACUACAUGAGCUGCGUGGUCUGCAUCAUGCGGCUAAUGAGUCCACACGAUGUGUGGAAGAACAAACGCUCCGUGAUGGUCACAAAAUGGCAGAUUCGGCAAGGAAGGGAGAAGAUUGGAUAGAAACUGUCUUUGGUAGAUGUGUGAUUAAAUGGCUAAUCGAAAGAAAGACAAUAACGGGAACAUUCAGCGACAUUAAUGAGCAGGACAAAAUCGCCUUGUUGCAGGCCAACGUACAGGCAUAUCCAAAGACCUGCGAUGGUGAUGGUUGGUAG